ACACAUGAAAGAAUUAAGCCAGCAAUAUAUGUAUAUAUUUAAUUCAUGUCUUUUUUUUUGUUAUCAAAUUCCCUUUCAAUUGUAAAAUGCCGCCCAAUUUUCUUUUUGCUUGAUAUAUAUUGCUGCCCAACUUCUCUGUUCACAUUCCAAAAGUGUACCUGAUAGGUGAACACAUUAGAUAUUUACCAAAACCUGUAGGUCCUUCAGCUGAUAUAUAUUUCCACCCAAUAUUUGUUUGGGAUAAUUUAUAUUGCCGCCAAAUAAUGUCGAGAUAGGAAAAAGUGUUUUUCUUCUUUGCUUUUAGAGUGGUGUUUUGUUUUUUAGAGUGUCUAUUGGUUAAAACGGUUCCAGGAGGCCUCCGACCAGGUGACUAAGAGGCACAUGUACGCUCUGCUCACCAUGUUCGACGCUCUCGACCACAUCCACCUUGGCUCAAUCAUGACGAUCUCUUUCUUUCGGGUGAAGGGUCACUUGAAGGCGAUCACACUGCAUGGGGAACCCUACAUCACUCGCGUUUCCCGGGGGCACACCAGAGACUUCUUCGACGAGACUUUGUACUCAAUGGGGCUAAUUCGGGUCGCCAGGACAAACCCGCGGGUCUGUUGGCUCAAGGGUUUGCCCCCUGAGGAGUUUGCUGAGGCGGCGGAGGCCGAGGCUCCUGCCGCUGGUCGGGUUCCACCACAUCAGCCUAAGCCUAACUCGCUGCAGUUCUUCCCCUGUUCUUCCUCAGCUGUGCCACCAGAUGAGCGCUGCGCAGCCAUUGAGGCUCCCUGCAAUCGGAUCGAGGCGCACAUGGAUCAUGAGUGUGAUGCUCGCUAUUACUCACAUAUCCUGCUAGAAGGCAUGUGCUCGACGGCCGAUGUGGAUACCACCCAGACCUUCUGUCACCCUUAUCCUGCCCGAGAUGCUCACGAGGAGGAUUGAGACCGCCCUUUGACCAUAGGCUCUAUGUGUUGUUUUUUUUCUGAUUUUGUUUCUGUGUGUCGAACUGGAUAUUUUGUGUUUUAUUUUUCUUUUUUCUAUUUGAAGCCAUGGGGUUGACAACUGUUUGCCUAAAUUUUCCCUAGUACGAGUGGUUGAGUUUUUUUUUGCCCUGCUUCUUAGAAACUUGUCCUUCUUCUAGUCUUCUCCUAAUGACUGGUCCCAUCUCGAGUCCCACCGUCGUCCGUUCUUCCCAGUAACAUCACAACCCUUAUCUUUCCCUCUUCUCCAUUGAGGGAAAUGUCGAUUUUAAGUGUUGGGGGUGUUCAUCUUUAAUUUCUUAAAUGCGUUUGUGUGCUUAGAACCUAGUCCACUGUCCAAAUUUUACGAUUUGAGGGCUCCAAGUACGUGCUCCUUGCAAUUGCCUGCUCAGUAUGCUUUGAAUUGACAGCCUUUAUAAAAGUAUGCAUCUAGG